CAGAAACAUCAGUCGCAUCAGUCAUCGACCUCUCCUCGUCUCCUCUGUCUCCUGAGUGGAGUGAAGACACAUGAUUUCGCAACCCUGCACCCUCUCAUUGCAUUGUCAAUGUUUGGGUUUCGUCAUCGCUAACGUUACGGUGUCGUAGCUGCCCCAAGCCACAUGCACGGCUCUUUGGCUCAUUUUGCCUCAUAUUUAGCCUGACCAACAGAAACAGAGGCAGCAAUAAUCAUGAAUUCAGACCAAAACAUGGAAAAUGUAGAUGACAAGAAGACUAAGUACCAGAAGUACAAGCAGCAAGUGAAGCAGUGGGAGGACGAAUUCAUGAAACAAAACGACCGAAUACCAACCAAGGAUGACAUCAAAAGUGCUUCUGACACAGUGCGCUACGCUUACAAAAGCUAUUACAGCGCGAAAAAAGAGAUUUUGGCUAAAGAGAACAGCUCAUCAUGCAAGAACGACUCCAUGCCCAGAGAGACAACUGUCUCGCCUCCGGACACCAAGGAGUCGCACUCAGUGUCUGUGGAGCCCAAGAAGAAAAAAAAGAAGGAAAUUUUAUUUUUGUUCACAAACAGCGGCAAGCUGUCUGACGUGACCGCACAAAUGGCUGCAAGAAAGAAGGCAAUGGCUGAUGCUCAGAAGGUUGAGGAGUCGCCGCCCGUGCCUGUGCAGAACGUGGAUCAGGUGUGGGGACAACACCUCAAGGGCUCUCGCAAGCUGAUUGAACGCACGGCGUCCUUCCAGUUCGCUGAGAAGCUGUUUACAAGCGCCUCGUUCAAAGGCAAGCGAAACCCUCAUAAACCGCACACGCCACUGCGGAGGACCAAGUCGGCUGUCUUCAGCGACUUCCUCAACGCUAAAAAGAGUGAGGAAGUGUCCCAAGUGGUUGCCAAGGAGUGCGACUCCUCUCUAACCUGUGAAAAAGGCGUCAACCAGGAUGGGGAGACCGCAGUAGGGAAAGUACAAGACGCAGAGCCAAUGGACCAGAGCUGCAGUGCUCUCCCUGGCGAAGUUUUCUCCACGAAGUUCAGGCUGAAGGUGAACAAUUCAAGCCAGUCAUCUGCUCCAGGGAAGGGAAUUGGCUCAAGCAAGCUGUCAACCAACAUGAAUGAGGGCUGGCUAGACAGAUGCGCCAAAUUGGAGAAGCAUAAGUCUUGGACUGAUGACUCACAAGGCUCUUACAACUCUCCAGCUUUCAACUCGCAGAAUUCAGUAAUCACCAAAAUGAACACUUGCAACAUGGAAAGCCAGCAUUCAAAGUAUUCACAGGCGUCUCAAAUGGAGGUUGUGACAUCAGACAGGGAGGAUGACGGAAUCGUCAGCAACUCUGACACCGAAGAGCCAUUCAAAGUGAGCAAAGUAUUGAAAAGACCAGCAGGCACAGAAGUGAUAGCUGAGGUUGCUUUCAAAAAAACAAAACUGAACAACAAGGAAGUCCUCGAGAAAAAAAUCACGGAUGGAAAGCUCAAUGACAAUUUUGUCAGAGUGAAUCUGAAGAAGCGAGUCUUUGUCAGGGGCAAGAAAAACACUAACUUCUCCAAAUACAAGAAGAUGAUGUACAAAAGGAAGCAGAUUGAUAACAACUAUGAUGGAGGGAACGGAACUGUUAAGAAAGGAAGCUGCUUCACAUGUGGAAUGGCUGGUCACUGGGCCAAUAAUUGUCCCCAGAAUGACGGACUCAUUUCUAUGGAGGUGGCUGAUCAAAUCGAUGACAGUCCUUACCUCACCUUGGAGGAGGCUGACGCUUUGGCCAAUGAACACAGGCCUGUUUCCAAAUUCAACAUGGAGAAGCCAGCAGAGGAAGGCCGAAAGCCCACUAUUGAGCCUUUGUACAGUCUCGAUGAGAAUGGCGAGCUCCCUGACACACCGCUUGAGGUACUGGCCGCACUGAAACAAUUCGGCUUCAGCUCCUUUCGCCCUGGACAAGAGGAGACAGUCAUGAGGAUACUCUGUGGUCUGUCCUCUUUGGUGAUGCUUUCCACUGGUGCUGGCAAAAGCUUGUGCUACCAGCUGCCUGCCUACUUGUACAGCAAGAAGAAAGGGCCUUGCACCGCUCUUGUUGUUUCACCGCUUGUUUCUUUGAUGGAUGAUCAGGUGAGCAACAUGCCUGAAGGUCUGCGGGGCGCGUGUCUGCACACAAACAUGACGCCAAAGCAUCGGCAGCAGGUAGAGCAGCAGAUCAAGGACGGAGAGCUGGACGUUCUGUUGGUGUCGCCUGAGGCAGUGAUCAACAGUGAUCGGCAGGGCAUGGGUGGCCUGAUGCAGAUGCUGCCUGCCAUCAGCUUUGCGUGCGUCGAUGAGGCACACUGUGUGUCGCAGUGGUCGCACAACUUUCGCCCGUCUUACCUGAUGCUGUGCAAAGUACUGCGGGAGAAGAUGAAGGUGCGCACUAUCCUUGGAUUGACAGCGACCGCUACCAAGUCUACAGCGGCCGGCAUCGCUAAGAACUUGGGUGUUCCUGACGACCGCAUCAUCGCCGACCUGCCGAUGCCCUCAAACCUGGUGCUAUCUGUGUCCAGGGACGUACAGAGGGACACGGCCCUCAUCGACCUGUUGAAAGGAGAUCGAUUCAGUGCGUGCGACUCGAUCAUCAUCUACUGCAUCAGGAGGGAGGAGUGCGACAGAAUUGCAUCUAUGCUUCGCACAUGUUUGAGGGACUCCAAAAAAACUGAGAGCAACAAAAGAGGCGCUAUCUCAUGGAAUGCAGAAGUUUACCAUGCUGGUUUAACUCCUCAUAGAAGAAAGCAAGUGCAAAAUGCCUUCAUGAAUGGCAAACUGCGCAUUGUCGUUGCUACUGUGGCUUUCGGUAUGGGCAUCAAUAAGAAUGAUCUCAGAGGCGUCAUCCAUUUCAACAUGCCCGCCUCUUUUGAGCGUUUUGUUCAGGAGGUGGGACGAGCAGGGAGAGACGGUCAAGAGGCGCACUGCCACCUCUUUCUAGACUCGCAAGGCCGUGACCUGUGCGAACUCCGCAGGCAUAUCUACUCAGACUCUGUCGAUAGACACACUGUUCGAAAAUUGCUUAGCAAAGUUUUUAAGCCGUGCAGAUGCUCAAACAUAAGAGACCUGGAAAAUUGGCAGCCUGAGGGGUCAACGCAGUCAGAGACCCAUGCCACUCCUGAAAAGCAACAGCCACCUCCAAGCCCAAUAAAGUGCCCCGGCCAUGAAGUCGCCUUCUCCACAGAUGAAGCCGUCCAAGCACUUGACAUGCCAGAGGAAAAUAUUCAGACUUUGCUUUGCUACCUUGAGAGAUGGGUCGAGGUUCUCAGUCCUGCUUAUGUAACGUGCAAAGUCAUCAGCUAUGGUGGACCAGCAGCUCUGAAGGCUGCCGCCAAAACAUGUCCACCUCUGGCAAUGGCCGUUGCUCUUGACCAGAAGUUCAAGAAGGACCAAGAGAAAAGCACGUUCAUUGAGUUCCCUGUAGUAGACAUUGCUGCUGCCAUUGGCUGGGACAGCGGCCAAGUGAAACGACGACUGAAAGAGCUAGAGUGGAAAAAAGUGAACGAUCGGAAUGUGAAAACGCAAAUGGUGGUGCAGCUGUUGCACCCUGGGCUGCGAGUCCGAGCGAAAGGGUCUCUCUCCCCAGAGGAGAUUGACGAGGCGCUGGAUUGGCUGUCAGAGAAAGUGGAGCGCCAAGAGCGAUCAAAGCUAAUUCAGCUGGAAGCCCUUUUCACUGCUUUGACCAGUGUUUCCUUCGAAUCUGUAAAAGAAUGCGAUAAUGUAGUGAAGGAGGAGAUUUGCCUUAAAUUGAAGGAAGCUGUUCACAAGUAUUUUGAUACUGACGUUACUGAAUUUGAAACGAUGGAACCAAAGCUCUUGCCGGGAGUGGAGAAUGAGGACCAAGUGAGAGCAGACGUCCGGGCUAUGGUGUGCACUUAUUCAGAUUCACACUUCAAUGGGAGGGCCAUCGCCAGGAUAUUCCACGGGAUCAGCAGCCCUUGCUUCUCCUCUCAGAUGUGGGGCCGGACUCGAUUUUGGCGCUUGCACCUCAACGACAACUUUACCACUCUCAGUAAGAUUGCUACUACAGAAAUCCUGAAAAUGAAGUGAAGACGCGAUUUGGAGAUUGAUUUUUUUAUUUCCAAACUUUAUGCGACGUAAUUAGAUUAUUUUAUUCUUCCUGAUCUGUCUUUUACUCAUGAUAACUCAGCUUUGCUGUCUUAAUUUGGCGUGUGAUUCAUAUUAAGUGUGAAAGUAGUGUAAUAAGAGAAUUGAGAUCAAAUCAUAGUAUCAAACAAUAGACAGUUAUAUGUGAUGUUCUCUUCUAACGCGUGCUACAUACUCAUAUAUUUUGGGAAAUUGUCCCUUGCAGUUUGUUUUCAUAGAAAAAGAUGUUGGAUUAAAACGUGUUGAAAUUAAAAUAUAUUAUAUUUAUAAAAUA